AUGUUGUGUCACACAUACGAGUUGCUGCUGUUUCUCGUUCAAACUAUACGGCUGUAUGAAGCGAAAGUAGGUGGAACUGGUCCUGGAUCAUCUAAUAUAUUUUCACCCGAUCUAACUGAUUUCGAUGCGUAUGGUAACAAAGCAGCUGCUAAUGACUAUAUGACGGUCUUAGUACAACCGGAAUCACAAACCGUAAUUGUUCAAUUUGCUCCAUACAACUAUUCAGUACCAGCGAUUACGUGUACUUUUGGCACACCGAGUUUCUAUAUCUAUUCGGUAGCUGUUGGUCGGAACCAAGUAGCAAAGCAGUUUGUGUUCAACGGAGAAGAUUCAACUGGGAAUGCUUUUCUAGGGAUUGCCGUGUACAAUUCCUCAUCGCCAUGCACUUUCACUUGGUAUACGCGACAGAUAUCCAAUACGCAUCAAGAAUUCAGUGUUAUCAACGUUGAUCCAACAGGUUCAGUAGCUUACGGCGCCAUUUCAAAAGUCUUCUUCGUAUAUCAACUAACUUCUCCAUAUUCCCAGAUAAACAACCACACUCUCCCUGACAUUGGUUUCAUGCCUCAUGCAAUAGAUGUACAAGGCUCAUCAGUAGUACUGGCUGGCUACACCAAUGCAUCUCUUACUGCUCCAGAACUCUUUAAACCCGUUGUCUACCUCAUGGACACAUCGGGAAGCAUCAAAGACACUUGGAAUUACACCGCUUCGAAUGGUAGUUGGCAGGAGGGAUUGACCAAUCUCGGUGCAGACUCGUACGCAGCACGUUUCGAUAUGUCCAUUGAUAUUAGUGAUACCGGUGGUCUUGUACUUGUUGGUAUUCAAAGUAUCAAUACUGCUUUCACCUUUUCCAUCAAUAAUGUCAACAGUCCAACGAAUCUUGCCUUAGUCAACAGCAUCAGUAAUGGAAAAACUGCUGUCGGAUUUGGCAAAGCUGUGGCCUUCUUGGAUAGUGCUGGCACGACUGCCGCCAUUCUCAACAAUAUCUACACCGUUCUUGACUAUGAAUGGAUCUCAUCACAAGUACAAAUUUAUUCAAACAUAUCAACAAGUCCACAGUUGAUUUCUGGUUGGCCCAACAGCCAGCAAACACUGGGCGCAACGACUUUCAAUCCAUCAUUUCUUAAUAUUAUCUCAACGCCUACGUCGCUUGGCGUAUUAGAUAUUCUGGGUAACUUUUAUAUUAUUCUACCGUCAGCAUCAGGUCUAUACUCGCAAACAAAUGUUGGUGGUGGUCGUAAUCCUUCGUUUUCUACUCCAACAGGAUGCCUGGGUGGUAUGUACAAAAAUACUACAAGUAUUUUACCAUGCAGCCUCUGUCCGGCUGGUACAAAAAAUCCAGGAGGAUAUGGCAUAUCGUGUGAAGCAUGUAACAUCACGUCGUUCUGCCCAUUGGCAUCCGUUGGAGAUGUACCGCAAACAGAAUUGGAUAUCAUUAGUCAGGCUGUUUCAUAUCCUCUGUCACCAGAAUCAACUAUUUUCGAUGAAAUUCUCGUCCAAAAUAUGUUUUCCAUUGGUUCAACAACUCAUUGUCUUAUGGUGUCGCCAUUGUUUUGGGCUCUAGUUGCCGUUGGACUGGCUAUAUUAAUACUCAUCGUUAUGAUUAUUCUAAACUACUUUCCUCGUACAAGUAAACUAUUCCAUUUUGCGAAAAUGGCUUUUAAACAUGCCGAUCUUGUAAGAGAAGGAGAAAUGUGGACUGGUGGCUUGGCAUCUAUGGCUGUUGUUAUACUUAUUGCAUUUGCUAUCCACUUCAGUGUUUUGUUUUAUCGUCAGUAUCCGAUCGAAACAUCAGAUGAUUCAUGGUUCGCAUGUGAUGUCAGUAUUCGUAAUGCACAAUUCAGUACUACGGUCCAACUCCUUGGAACACCACCCAACUCCGAAGAAGAGCCAAUAUUUGAAAUGCUGAAUAAUCAAACAUUCUUACUCAACAUACGCUUUGUUAAUACCUUACUUACUUGUGCUUCUGUGACCAUUUAUAACAUGCGCCUGACUAUUCCAGCAACAAUUGUACCAGCAAGUUGUACGUCUCCAACCAGCAACAGUACAAUCCUGUCGAUUUCGAUUGCUUUAACUUCACUAAAUAACAAUCUUAAGAUAGUAUUAAGCGGUGUUCUUCCCAUCGGCGCGAUAACAAUUAGUAUGACGGCACCAUCAAGUGAAGAGGAUGCAUAUCACUUACGUGAACUCAAUUUUACUCAGUCUUACUACGGGAAUGGACGGAUGAUAGCACCUGAUUCGACUAUUACUAUGCAAUUGACCAAAGUCAUCAACAUUACCGAACCAAUCGAUGACGCACAUGAAAGUGAAUAUUCUGGACUGUUUAUUCCAACCUUUCUCGUCAAUCUUGAUCAAAUGCUCAUCAGCAUAACGGAUUAUGCAGUGCAAACCAUUUCGGAAACGUCUGUCUCACUUGUCCUUAGCGAAACACCUUACUAUGUCGUUAACCGGCAAAGCCCGAUUGCUAAACUAAAUGAAAUUAUCNCGGCAACAUCAGCGUAUUGCAUAUGGUGGGUAUGGUAUGAUUUUUCUUUGAAUAUCGUCAACUGCUUCUUUAUGGCUUGGAUAUCGAUAGAACGUUAUCUACUAGUUUUUCACGAUACUCUCCUUCGAAAUCUUGCGCGUUGGAAACGACAAUUGUUACAUAUCGUUCCUUUGCUGUUUUGUUCACUAUGGCCACCUUCAUAUUACGCUUUUACUAUUAUUUUUAGCCCAAUGUGUGUAACGAUAAGAUAUUACGAUACACUUACAUGCGGCUUGCCGUGUUAUUUAUUCACAGUUUGGGGUAUAGUCGACCUUUUUCUAAAUACAAUGUUGCCAAUCGCGGCUAUUUUAAUUUUCAAUCUUCUUCUUUUUGGUCGUGUGAUUUAUCGAAACAUGACUGUCCGCGGUCGAAUACAGAAUACUUGGCAUCGUCAUCGAAAAAUGGGAUUACAGUUAGGCAUGAUCUCAUUUUUAUAUCUUGCAAUUUGGAUUCCUGUUGUCGUCACUCAAUUCGGCGAAAAUUUCAUCAAUCCAGACUUCCUUUUCGACGCGUCGCAUACAUUUUAUUUUCUCAUCUACAUUAUACCAUUACUUCUACCAAUGGUUUGUUUGAUGUCAAUGCCCGAAGUGCUGAAAACAUUCAAAGUUCUCAUCUGUAAACAGCAAGCAGUAGCUGUUAUGCCAUCAAAUAGUGUUACAUUGAGACCGCUACCUAAAGCGAAUCCUGUCUCAAAAUGUUAA